AUGUCGUCAGCGAAGGCAGCUAAUUUCGCGAUGCUGCGGAGAGCCCAGCGGCAUCUUUAUUACCGCGACGGAAUCAGCACGUGCGAGCAGGGCAAGCAGUCGCAGCAGGCCUUGUCGCUGCUCUGCGCGACGUGGGAAGCAAAACUGAAGCCCGACGUUAUUAGCUGCAGCGCUGGGAUCAACGCGCGCGGGAAGGGCGACCAGUGGCAGCGCUCAGGGAAAUGCGGAAGGCGAAAUUGGAGCUCGCCGUCGUCAACUUCAAAGCUGCGAUUAGGGCUCGGGCGUGGCUCAGCUAGAGGUGGGACGCAGAGUUGA